UUUAUCAUACCAGCUCUUCACUGCCAUAAUGAGGCUAGUAAUCCUUGAAGAUUAUGAUCAGGCUAGUGAAUGGGCAGCAAAGUACAUCUGUAAUCGUAUUAUCCAGUUCAAGCCAAGUCAAGGAAGAUAUUUCACUCUUGGUCUACCAACAGGGAGUACACCUUUGGGAUGCUACAAAAAGCUGAUUGAAUAUCACAAAAACGGAGAUCUCUCAUUCAAAUAUGUAAAGACUUUCAACAUGGAUGAGUAUGUAGGGCUUCCCAGAAAUCAUCCAGAGAGCUAUCAUUCCUAUAUGUGGAAUAACUUCUUUAAGCACAUUGACAUAGAUCCAAAUAAUGCUCAUAUCCUUGAUGGGAAUGCUCCAGACUUACAGGCGGAGUGUGAUGCCUUUGAAAAGAAAAUUGAAGAAGCAGGGGGCAUUGAUCUGUUUGUUGGAGGCAUUGGUCCAGAUGGCCACAUUGCAUUCAAUGAACCCGGAUCGAGUUUGUCUUCAAGAACAAGAUUAAAGACUUUAGCAAUGGACACCAUUUUGGCAAAUGCUAAAUACUUUGAUGGAGACUUAUCUAAAGUACCAACUAUGGCGCUAACAGUUGGUGUGGGUACAGUGAUGGAUGCUAGAGAAGUGAUGAUUCUUAUAACAGGUGCACAUAAGGCUUUUGCCCUGUACAAAGCCAUUGAAGAAGGAGUCAAUCAUAUGUGGACAGUGUCUGCUUUCCAGCAACACCCUCGCACUAUUUUUGUGUGUGAUGAAGAUGCUACUUUAGAGCUAAGAGUUAAAACUGUGAAGUACUUUAAAGGUUUAAUGCAUGUGCACAAUAAGCUUGUGGACCCACUGUACAGUAUGAAAGAAAACUGAAAGAAGAAUUGAAGAGGAACUCCAUGUGGGUCAGCAGCAACUGUUUUAGGUAGCAGAUGAGUUCACUGCUAUGCAAUAUGCUGAAAACCGUUUAAAGUGGGGAAUCCUAGGUACUGUAUUUUUUAAAGGUCCAAUAUCUGUACAUCCACAUUCCAUCUGUUUGCUGUGUUGUGCAUUUUGCUUUAACACUUGGAGCUCUGCUGUGGGCUGGGACAUCACUAAGUGGAAGAGAACAAACCUGGGAGAGUCUGCAUGUCAUGUACAGAAGGGAGAACAGAGCACUUCCUCUAGCAUCUGCCUCGUGUUGGAGAAGAUACUUUACUUCCAGGACUUUGUACCUUUUGGCUUGAUAAGUGUAACUGCAUUUUGCAUUUGUGUUUCUAGGCAGAAUGGUUUUGGCCUUUGUCAAUACUAUGGACUUGUAAUAGUUGUACAAUUUCUACUAUGAAAUGUUCUGUUUACAUAUAUCUAAUGUACACUGAGCUUUUGCACUUGGUUGCCUUAAAUUUAUCUUAAACAGUUUUUGGGCAUCUCAAGUCCUGCUGUAUAGUUCAGGCAAAUGGAAAUACGAAAACAGUGCCUAAAAAUGCACCAAAUUCUUGAAAGUUAUAACUUUCCUCCAUGGAUAAAAAUAUUAAACUUCUGCCAUAGCACUUUUUCCUCUCAUGUAUUUCAAAUUACUUUAGGAUUUUUAUAUUUUUGGUAAUCAAGCUUUAUAGAUAAGGAAGAAUCUAAAUGUUCCUUUCUGGAGGUACCUGUUCAAUCAUAUUAUUGAUGUUACUAUUAAGGGCCUGAAAAGAGGUUAAUUUACAGGAAUAUAAUGUCUGCAAAUUUAAUACAUGAUCAUUUAAAGCCAACUGUUAAUCACUUUGCAAUAGUUACCUCUCAUUGUAUCAUGAUAAACAUUGAGCUGUUACAAGGAAUGUUAUUUCCUACUUUGAAUAUAAGUAAAACUUAAA